AUGGACAAUUUAAGCGAAAAGCUGAAACGUUGUAAAAUAGAUCCGAUCACCACUCACGAUGAGAUCGACGCGAAUUUCUUGCGUACAUCACAGCAAACGAUUAAACGCACACGAGAUACAGUUAGUAAUCUCAUUGCCGAGCUUCAGCAACGUGAAAAUACGAUUAUCAAGACAAUCGAACAAGGCGUGGAAGUUCGACGGAAAGAACGAGAAAGACGUACUGAUUCGGCACUACUGACAAGUGAAGAAGCAGUUGACUACACUGAACUACUCAAAGAAUGUCUCAAACAAGAUCAGCUGCUUCACAAUGAAACCAUGGUCAAUAUUCAACAUCGUCUGGAUGCUCGAAAUGCAUUGGGCCAAUCAGCGUCUGAAGCACAAAAUCCUUUAGUUGAAUUGGGAAAAUUCGAACCGGAAAGACUCCUUCAACUUCGCUAUGCUCCCCGAGUGGAAUCUUCUCCCGCAAAAACUCGAACAACUGCUACGACAAAAGUAACUGUACGAUUAGAUAAAUGUAAACAAUUUCAAAGUCCGUUACAAGGCACUUUCUCUGUUGGUAAACAUCCGACAGCUGUAUCAUUAAAUGAUCGUUAUGCGGAAACAUUUUUCUGUCGUCGGACACCAGGCAAUAGUUUGAUCUUACUUAGUUCCACAUCCAUCGAUCUUGUGAAUCGUGGCUCCGGUGUGGAAUUAAGCGUUCGACUAUCGAAAAUCUUAGGCACAACAAAAGAUAAACUACUAGCAGGUACUUGGUGCGAAUACUCUCAACGCCUGAUACUUGUUGGCAAUCACCGAAUGUAUUUCUAUGACUUUCAAGCUCAAGAACACGCAAGAAAAUUUCGAUGUUCACCAUUGCAUGGAGAUCCGGGCAAUACACCAAGAUUUAUCAACUGUACACACAAUGGUACAAUAUUCUAUGCUUUCAAAUCUGAUGCAAAUUCGUAUACGAUCGAAAAACACGCUAGUCCAUUGACCUUGUUGAAGGAGCCUAUUGAAGGUGAAUACGAAAAUACUAGUUAUUUCUUUCAAACCAAACAAACUGUUACUAUCCAUGGCCGUAUGGCAGCCAUGUGUGUUACACACAACCGUAUUUCCAUUGUUUAUCGUCGAUUUCUUUCGGAGAAACAUGUGGAACACUAUCUUUGCUUUUUUGAUCAUAAUUUCCGUCGACUGAAUGAUGAAAACGACAUUCUACUUCCCUCAGAUAUAAAAUGGAUCACAGCAAUAACACCCUAUGGCAACGAUGGUCAAUAUCUCCUCUGUGAUCCACGUGGUCAGCAAUUAUUAUUCUAUCGUAUCACGGAAGGAUUCUUAACUCGUCGAUUUCGUACAGGUGCGAUCAAUGCAUGUUGUUUAACCGAUGGGAAACUCGUUCUAUGGUUGCAAAAACAAUAUGCGAGUACACCAACGGGUAAACUUCAUUUUAUCACCGCUCCACACCUCGACGAGCCAGCGAGCGUCGCGAAAUCUUUUCCGCUAUUGAAACAGAAAUGA